AUGAGUUGGAAUGGGUUUAAGAAAGCCAUCAAUAGGGCUGGUCAACAGGCUUUUAUCAAAAAUACUGAUAGAAUGAGCGAUAAAGAUUAUGACAUUGAAGAACGUCGUUAUAGAACCUUGGAAAAAGCCGGUAAAGAUUUAGAGAAAGAGGCCAAAGGCUACCUUGAUUCAUUAAGAGCCAUGACGCAAUCACAAGUCCGUAUUGCUGAAGUCAUUUCUUCAUUAUAUGAUGAUUCAAAAUCUAUGGGUGGUAGCUCAAAUGUUGGUAACUAUUAUUUACAAUGUGUCCAAGAAUUUGAUAGUGAAACUGUUAAACAAUUAGAUGGGCCAUUCAGAGAAACAGUCUUGACACCAAUAUCUACAUUUGCGCAAUAUUUUAGUGAAAUUGAUGAUGCUAUCAAGAAGAGAGCACAUAAGAAGGUUGAUUAUGAAGGCGCAAAGGCAAAAGUGCGUAGAUUAGUUGAUAAACCAGCAAAAGACGCCUCAAAGUUACCAAGAGCAGAAAAGGAACUACAGUUGGCCAAAGAGGUUUUUGAUCAAUUGAACACACAAUUAAAAGAAGAAUUGCCACAAUUGAUUUCAUUAAGAGUUCCAUAUUUCGAUCCAAGUUUCGAAAGUUUGGUUAAGAUUCAAAUGAGAUUCUGUACUGAAGGAUAUACAAGAUUGGCCCAAAUACAGAACUAUUUGAAUCAACAAGAUAGAGAUGAUUAUUCACAAGGUGUUCUUGAUGAUAAGAUCAGUCAGUUAUUAGUUGAGAUGAGUCAACUUCAAAUAGCAUCAUUGGGUCAAAAAUGA